AUUUGUUUAUUGGUUAAUGCGUAUUCCCUCCUUUCUUUUUCUUCCUUUCCCUAUUACUGGCGUCGCUGUUCACUUCAUCAAGCCUUAGACAUCAAUUGCAGUCCAGAAUUAAGCUCACGAUACUGCAGUCUUAUUUGGCCUCGAUGCAAUCAUCCAACCGAUCAAUCAAUCACUCUUCAACCGGUAGACGUCGCACUCGCAGAGCUUAAAAUCUAUGUAAACGUUGGCCUGACAGCUGAUAAGAGAACACACAAGAGAAGGUGGGAAAAGGUGCAGGCUGUUGGCAUUCUUUGCAUAGUGCAAUUGUGUGUGUGCACUGCAGCACAAAUGGCAGCACAGCUCUAUCGUGAGCUAUGUUUUAGCGCAUCUGCUUGGCCGUCUGAUAUUUGCCGCGAUGCGGUUGACGUAAAUAGCAUCAGCGCGUGUGCACAUGUCAUCCACCGAGUCGUACGUCCCAACAAUAUCGAACCGGAAACGUUCAUUAUCGGACGGACGGACGCCACUGAUGGAUUCCACUGAGCUUCAUUAUGUUCGCGGUUGGCCAUCCGUCCAGCAGUUGCUCACGCUCUGCGGUUAAGGCAACAUUGAAGCCGUCGCCGGACAUCGCCAGGAGUUUCUCGGAAAAAAAAAAGAAAAAAACCCCGUCGAAGCCGUUCCUCAAUGCCACCACGACGACCGCCCCCUUGCCGCACAGUUUUAAUGUUCUGUCUCGCCGCAUGCCGCGUGAUGGAUACAGCAGCAGCCUAUGGAAGCCUUGGAAAACAACUUGCUCUCGUUCACGACGACGAACUCGACCUGCUCCAACCGAGAAGCCACGACGAGUUAUGGAUGACCAACCUGCUCGAUGAUGCUCGACACCUCCGAUGUCCAUCAUCAAUUAGCUUCACGACGUUCCGGAUGUCGGCGGCUAUCAUUACCGCCGAUGACAUUGUGCAACACGAUCUGGCUGGAGGUCGGAGAUUAUUCGACGGUUUGGUGUUGGCGGCAACUGGAUGCCGGGUCGCUCAUGCCCUCCAACCCCUACUGUCGUCAACGAUGCCGCUUCUAAGCCUGGAUUUCAUACCUUGCCCAUCCAACGAAGCAGCAGCAGCAGCACCUGGUGGGCUGGAAAUUGAACGUUUGAAGCUUUACCGUCUCAAUGCAAGUUCUUAUUACAACUAUAUGGCAUCACCUACCCCCUUUUUUAUUUUGUAAUUAUAUAAUUUCAUUUUGAAUUACUCCCACUCAACGGCAUUUGUGGCGAAGGAGGCCAGCCGGGAUUACUGUGGCCUCUACGUGUUCAACAAAUGGCUGGAACAUCGCAUCUGCUCCUCGUCAAUGGAUGCCGACUCCCGCCGUCUAUUGCUGGACAAUGAGACGCCAUUCAAGCAAGCGAUUCACUUCAUUUCUAGUUUUUUUUUUUUCCAACGACCUUCCUGUUCGUCUUCUUUAUUUGACUCUUUUUCACGGACGACAGCGUUAGUAGGGAACUGCAGGACUGUUCCAAAUUAGAUGAUCUUCAGUGGACUCGAUCUAUGCGUCCAUUCAGGCUCGAGUUGGCUGAAGGUGUUAGCCGGCAACAGUUUAACGGGAACAAGUUGCGGUUGGCGUCGCUGGAACGACCGCCAUUUGUGAUUUUUGAACGCUCGAAUGGAACGGUAACCGGAUUCAAAGGGUACUGCUAUGAAAUCCUUCACGCCCUUCAAAAGAUCUACAACUUCACUUAUGAAGUUGAAGAGCCCAGUGAUAACACUUACGGGACAAUAACAGCGAACGGCAGUUGGAACGGGAUGAUUGGAAUGAUAAUCGAACACAUUGUCGACAUUGGCGUGGGUCCCUUUUCCGUCACUCAUUCCCGAUCUAAAACCAUCGACUUCUCCGUCGCAUUUCACGAAGAACCUACAGCUAUACUGAUUCCGCCACCAGCGGAAGACAACCGUUUGUUGGCUUGCAUAAAACCUUUUCGUUUAGAGGUUUGGCUUUCCUUACUAUUGUUUGCCCUUCUUCUACCCAUAGUCCUGUGGAAGGACUUGACAUUUGUAUGGAAAACCUACCAGAAAGCCGCAGUCACUCACAGUCAAAUCUCGCCAGUGAAGCCAAAUGUUUUCCAGGAAAAAAGCCCGGCUCUAGCGAAGCAAUAUUUCUUUAUUUUAGGAGUUCUAAUUGGACAAUGUAUUGCUUCAUUUGUCAGUUUAAGACUGCCUUUUUUGGUCAGAGAUGUUAAAAGCAGUUUGUCUCUUUAUGAUGAUCUAGCUGGACAAAAGUUGUCCUCAAUCGGAUUUUCACCUCGUUUACUCGGAGCAUUUUGGUGUUUGAGUGCCGUGGUGUUUGCCAGCGCCUACGUUGGAAUUCUCGUCGGUUUUCUAAGCUUUCCCAGAUUAUCGCCCAUCAUUGGUAAACUUGAAGAGCUCCCCGGAUCAAAACUCGGAUGGGGAGUGCAUCGAGGAACGGCUCUCGAAACGCUCUUUACUGAGGCCACAACUGGAGUUUACAAAACUAUUGGAGAAGGCCUUUUGAAACAACAAGGGGCUUUAGUCGACGCUAACGCUGACGGUGUUCAACGUGUGACCAAUGGAAGCUAUGCUUUCAUAAAAGAAAAAUCGUACCUGCAGUUUGCUGUUGGAGAGGACUAUGCUAGAUCGGGAACCUGCCGUCUUAGUAUUGCUAAGCAGGAGUUUUUUAAAGUGAAUUUCGCGUUCGCCCUGCCCACGGAUAGUCCGCUCAAACACCUAUUGGAUAAAAAGAUCCUGCAGUUGAUAGAAACAGGUCUUGGCGAGUAUUGGAAGAAACUAUAUUGGCCACCAUCGAGUAGAAAAUGCGAUGACGUCAACCGAUCUGGAGGGGCUAUUAAAAGUCUCAACCUAAAGGAUUUACAAGGCGCUUUUGUCAUAUUAGCUUUAGGUUCUGGAUUGGCGUCCGCCAUAUUUGUUGCAGAGAGAAUUAUCGCUCAGUCCCUAAUUUCUCGUAUCAGACCAUUUAUCUAACAUUUAAAUCAGUGUUUUGCAAUCACUCUUAACAACGAAAACCAUUCAAAAUGAAAUUUUUCUUUAAUCAUAUGCAUGUUUCAUCUUAAGAAAAUACACUUGUGGGAAGGUUGCA